AAUACGGAUACACAUGGAGCCUCCAUCACCGCCUCCACUCGCUUUUACGCACCGAGUCCGGUAAUGCGCGCAGGUCCCGAUCGUCACCUUCUGAGCAAUCGAUCGAUCCUCUCGUGGACUAAUAUGACAAACGUGCGCGCGUAGAGGCGUGACACGGGCAAAAAGAGGAGGCACAUUUCCCCCCGGCGUGGAUCAGUCUAUCCUUUCCGCGAGCGAGUGUCAGCAUGGACGUCCUGGCGAACCACAGUAUAUUUCAGGAACUUCAGCUGGUGCACGACACCGGCUAUUUCUCCGCCAUGCCUUCGCUGGAAGAGAACUGGCAGCAGACCUGCCUGGAGUUGGAGCGGUACCUGCAGACGGAGCCCAAGCGUCUGUCGGAGCUCUUCGACCAUGACUUGGAUGGACUCUUGACCCCGGCCUACCUGAAGGAGGAUGGCGAGGAAGAGCUGGCUGACGUUCUCCUCCCCCACGAGCCCCCGAGCCCACCCACGGUGAUCUUCUGCCCCGCGCGGAAGAACCUAGCCACGUCGAUAAAAACUGAGCCAAAGGUACCGGAACCCGCAGAAGGGAUGGAAGGAGCUCACCAGGCCCAGCUCAGCGCAGUCACCUCCCUGACGCCGCCGUCAUCGCCGGAACUGGGCCGGCACCUGGUGAAGGCCAGCCCGUCCUUGACGGCAUCUGCCGACGGGACGCUCACCCUCAAGCUGGUGGCCAGGAAGGUGGGGCUAAGCGCCGCCAGGCUGGUGGCAGCGCACCCGCUCCCCGUCCAGGUCAAGGAGGAAGACGAGGGAGUACCGUGCGUGCUCGGGGAACUUCCGGAGAACAAGAAGAGGAUCCACCGUUGUCAAUUCAAUGGCUGCAGGAAGGUUUACACCAAGAGCUCCCACCUAAAGGCCCAUCAGAGGACACACACAGGUGAGAAGCCAUACAAGUGCUCGUGGGAGGGCUGCGAAUGGCGAUUCGCCCGCAGCGACGAGCUGACGCGGCACUACCGCAAACACACCGGCGCCAAACCCUUCAAGUGCAACCACUGUGACAGGUGUUUCUCACGAUCGGAUCAUUUGGCGCUGCACAUGAAGAGGCACAUAUGAGGAGAUGUCAGAAGGGAGCGGAGGCAGUGAGGAAGCAGAGAGGACAAUAUCACUUGCAGAAAAAUUAUCACCGUGGAUCUCAGACUGAUGUCAGAUUUGUGGGGCGGAGGCGCCGCGCCUUGGCAGGCAGGCAGGAAGGAAGGGUCCCACGUGAAGCGCCAUCGGGCCUUCCUCCAAUGGAACCUUGGGGUUGGCAGCUCGGGUCCGGUCCACUUUUGCCUCGUGCGUUGACCCACAUGCAGCCAGUUGAGGUCCUCAACAUCGUCUUGCCAUUCUGUUUCACUCAAAGGCUGCCAAAUUACUUUUUUCUCUCAUACUUCCAAACUGGACCCAUGGACACAUCCCGCUGGUUCCGCGCCACUUGUUUGAAUUGCAGACUUGAAAAUCAGAGUGAGAUUUUGUCUGCAGAGGCUGACAGGUCACGUCUUGAAACAUUAUCCAUCGGCCUGAGCCCGAUUUCCUGCUUUCGGAGCUGAAACGACUGCACAAGUGACUUUUGUUUCAAAGAAAAGCCCCGGUUUGUCAGAACGCCAAGAACUUGGGCCCCAACGCACAAGUCAAAGCGGCUCGCUGACUAAUAACGGCACAUCAGACAAGAUCACCGUAUAUGUAAAGAAGAAAAGAUGUCCUAUUCCUUCCGAGUAGACCAUUCCGAAAAACGGAUAGGGCCGAAUAAAUCGCUGUCGAUGCCCGAAGUGAUCUCUUUUGAGAGUGAUUGGCAUCGGAGCGAGCCCCACGUUGCCCGCCACGCAGACCUGUUCCAAUUUAACCAAGUUCCGUUCAGAAUGCAAUCUUCUCCACGAACUCAGCCCCUAUGCAUCUCCUGGGACAUUCCACAGAUUUAUCCCUCAUUAGACAUGGAAUGGACUGGUAGGAGGACAAACCCAAUCAAUUGGCUGGCCGAUCAAUGCGAAUGUAUCUCUAAUGUGUCCGUGCACGUGCACGGCGGGAGGCUCGGAUAUGCACGCUCAGCAAAGUCAACUGCCCUUUCAACUCUUCAAACUUGGACUGAGUGAGACGUCAACAUCGUUGACGUUCUUGGGGGAUCUCGAAUCCCCGGCGCCGGCUCACGGACAAAUGGAGGAGACGCCGCCAUUUCGACUGACUCAGCACAAGAUGUAAGGAUUGUUUUGGCUCGGGGGUCAAACGAGAUACAUAGAAGUCCCUCUCAUUUCACUUUUAGGAUAGUUCGGAAGGCACCAGAUCAGAUCCGAGGUGUCUUCGGUCCGGGUUUUGGAUGCAGAUUGGAAGUGGUUUUGCACCGUCAAUGGCAGCUCUACGUAUGUGUUUGAAUACUCCAGCUCAAAUGUUGACGCAAAUGACUGCGUGGAAAGGCGCUUUUGCUCCUGUGAAAUGUUCCAACCUGGACUGGAGCACAGAAAUCUCCCAAAUAUUGUUUGGAAACGACUCCGCAAAUUCUUCAAAAAAAACGUGUGCGCCGGAAAACUCGGAGUUCAAAUGUGAAUGUUUACUUUUUUAUACUUAUUUUAUUUUCUUGGUGGUUCACUUAUGUGUCUUUUUAAUGAAUGAUUGUCAAUUAUGCCGUGCCUGUGUGUGUUUUAUUUUGGUGCACUCGAUUUUGGAAAAGAGAAAAAAGAAAAAUAAGCGACACGUCUGAUGUUUUCUGUCCGCUUGCGCACAUCACGCCAACACAGCCGCCGCCGCCGCCGCCGCCGCCGCCGCUGCUGCAUCUCUGUACAGUAACUGUUUUAUACACAAACACGCACACAUACAUUCAAGCACGCCCCUGGCGCACACACACACACACGCGCUGGCUCGGUCUGAGGUGCAGGCUGCAGCUCUCAGCAUCGCUGAUCUCCUUCUGAAUUUUAAAUCAGAUCCUUUUUUCCACCAGCGUCCCCUUGUUGCCCCCACCCGCUCACCCUCACUCCCCCGCCCACCUUCGCUCCCCCGCCCGCCCCGCCCCUCCCCUCCACGAGAUCUCAAGCCUUUCAACUCCGCGUCACCCAUCUCCCUCCGUUUUCCUGUGUUGUCUUUCUCCCUUUCUUUCGACUGUAUAAAGCGUUUGAAAUUUAUCAUUUGUAUAUUAUGAUGUAUGGCUAUGAUAAUGUUCUUUAUUAUGGAAAAAUGAGAAAGAUUUAUUUUUGUUACCGGUUUGUUUCAUAAUUCAUUUUUUUAAAUUGGUAUUGUAAUAUCUCUAUGCAAGGAACUGCUUGUUAUUUUUGUUUUUUGUUUUUUAUUUAAGAAUGUAAUUAUGUGUAAUAAAUGGUAGACGCAGUUUGGCAUGGAGUAGUCCUGUUUCCUCCCUGGUCUGUUUAUUGACAAAAUGCACACAUGCUCUUCUCUCAUGUCGUCUUAUAAAGACUCAAUUGCAACGAGCAGCUGGAGUGUGUUCUCAGAAAGCGUGGUCCAUCUUGAUGCUCAAACGCCGAGUCAUUACCUUCCCUUCACAAUCGACGGAUUUCACUGCUUAUGAUAUGAGACGUACUCCGGAGGUAAAAUCAAUAACUUGACUAAGAGUGGUGUUGUCGUUUGUGUGUGAGUGUGUUUUGAGUCGUGACAAAUGUCCGGCGUGGCCACUUCCUGUUCGAUG